UCCGCUUUUUUAUUAUGUAAAAGUAAAACAUUCCUUAAGCAGAAAACCUGAAUUAAGACAAAUAAUUAUCAUUUAAUACUAUAAAUUAGAGAGCAGUUACAAAUCCUCUUUUAUUAGUUGCUCAGACAAACGCAAAGUCCCAAAAACCCUAAUUUGAAAUUCUGAAAGCACAACACUGCACCAGUUUGAGCCUUCCCGCCCUAAUCUCACGGUGUUGAAGCUAAACGAGAGUGAGAAUGCUUGUUAGGGAUGCAGAAGUUGCUAAGCCGAAGCCCCUCAGGCCCCCUCCUCUGUACUCACGCUAAUCGUUCUCUGUCUCUUCCUACUCUGUUUGUUGGGUUUUGUGCCAACGAGAUUCGGUUUACGUCUUUGACUCCUGAACCUUUAACAAUGUCCGCCAGUACUACCACCGCCUUUCCUGGCGGUGCUUCCACUCUUGCCUCUUCCUUAGCCAAGAGGAGUCUCAGUAACAAUGCUGUUUUCUUCUCUCGCAAUUACAAUAGCAGUAGCAGCACCUGCCGCUGCUCAAUAGGUGAUAAGGAGUCAAUAAAGGGGUUGCCUUAUCGGGCAUGGAUGGUGACCCGCCCCGCGUGGUUCCACACGGUCGCUGCUGUAGCGGCAGCAGCGGAUGGGUCUAGUGAGUGUCAAAAGGGCUUGGGGAGUGGGAGCGGUGACGAUGCAGAAGAGGGCAUAAUGGUCGAGAAGGAAGCUGAGGAGAAGCCGGUGAAGUUGAAUAGGCGGCAGAGGGGUUCGGGUAGCGGAGGAAUGGCAGCCAAUGUGGAUUUGUUGACAAUACCAGGUGUGGGACCCAGGAAUUUGAGGAAGCUGGUUGAGAAGGGAAUUGGUGAAGUCGCUCAGCUAAAGCAGUUGUAUAAAGAUAAGUUCUUUGGGAAGUCUAGUCAGAAGAUGGUAGAGUAUCUACAAAGUUCUGUAGGAAUUAUUCACAGAAACCAUGCUGAAAGUAUAACAACGUUCAUAAAAGAAAGUGUUGACGGGGAGUUAGAGGACUCAAACUCAGAUGUGAAGCAAGCCCCGAAAAAACGACUAACUUUCUGUGUCGAGGGAAAUAUUAGUGUUGGGAAAACAACGUUCCUUCAGAGAAUAGCCGAUGAAACACUUGAGUUACGCGAUCUUGUUGAAGUGGUUCCUGAACCAAUCAAUAAGUGGCAGGAUAUUGGACCUGACCACUUCAACAUUUUGGAUGCCUUUUAUGCUGAGCCAGAAAGGUAUGCCUAUACCUUCCAGAAUUAUGUCUUUGUCACCAGAGUUAUGCAGGAAAGAGAAUCAUCUGGUGGAAUUAAGCCCCUCAGGUUGAUGGAGAGAAGCGUUUUUAGUGACAGGAUGGUCUUUGUUCGUGCUGUUCAUGAAGCAAAUUGGAUGAAUGAGAUGGAGAUCAGCAUUUAUGACUCUUGGUUUGAUCCAGUUGUAUCGUGCUUGCCUGGGCUUAUUCCUGAUGGUUUCAUCUAUCUUCGAGCGAGUCCUGAUACUUGCCAUAAGAGAAUGAAGCUACGUAAGAGAGCAGAAGAGGGUGGUGUCAGCCUUGAAUAUCUCCGUGACUUGCAUGAAAAGCACGAGAGCUGGCUUUUCCCAUUCCAAAGUGGAAAUCACGGUGUAUUAUCUGUCAAUAAGCUACCCUUGCAUAUGGACAGCUCUUUACAUCCUGAUAUAAGAGACCGUGUUUUUUAUUUGGAGGGUGAUCAUAUGCAUUCAAGUAUUCAAAAGGUUCCCGCUUUAGUUCUUGACUGUGAACCAAACAUUGAUUUCAGCAAAGACAUAGAAGCAAAGAGAGAGUAUGCCCGGCAAGUGGCAGAGUUCUUUGAAUUUGUGAAGAAAAAGAACGAAGAUUCAUCUACCCCAGCUGGUGAACAGCAUCCAACGGGUAUUGAACGGCAGGUCUUACUGCCCUCAAAAGGUGGAUUUUGGGUACCAGAUGGGAAGCACUUUCCAGAGUCGGCGCUCAAGUCUUUAGAUUUCAGACGAGCAAUGUCCAUCAUGUCUGGCCAGUAAUUUUCUUUUUCCCGUUGAUUUCUCCCAAGUCUCAAGUUAUAGCUCAAGAUGUGAGGUAUCUGUUUUUUGUGUGACAUGCCUCUGGAUGAUUUGUCUUGUUCUUGUGCAGUAGAUCUUUCUAACCCCCAGGCUUGAGAUAUGUAAAAAAUAAAAAUGUCUUGUGGCUGUUUAUUAUGUCGGUAGUUCGCUGCUUAGUUGUAAUUGAAAUCCAUGUUAAGGUUGCUUGAGAUUGAAAGAUGCUGAAAUUUCUGCAGAUAUGGUGAUUUAUAAAUUAUCAUACAACUGA